AUGCUCAUCGACUACCCAGUUUCCAUGGCGGCAGUUGUCGUAGUGGCGGCUAAAGCGAGGACGCGGGUCAACCCUCGCUGUUCUUGGCUAAAGCGGCUCAGACACCCUGUCUUCGGAUCGUCCAACUUACCUAGUACCCAUGAUGCACCUUCCGUCAUCUUCUUGAUCAUCGUCAUCUUCAUCACAACUUCAUCCGCCAUGCGUCGCCUUUCAUACUUUUGCCUACUGCCCCAAAUAUUACGCCUUGGAUAA